GCCAGUGCCUACAAGGGCAUAAGGGGGGUGGAACAGCAUUAUAAAAACUGAUCACCUGGCUAGAGGCAUCCCCUUGCGCCUGCCGGCAUUAUGGGCCGAUCAGCACGUGCAACUGUCAUCAUGAAUCAAUUGAUUGAUGACCAGACCUGGUCAUGAACUCCUUGAGCGGUGAACCACGAUGCCAGCAUAUAUAAGAAGCAAGGAUGGAUUACACCACAUCCCGUACGAGCUUGUGUCUGGUCUGAGCUAUUCUAGUAAUGCUGGGUACUCCGGUGGGCUCGUUCAGCUGCAUUUCGCAAUCGUCCCGCCCCCUAGAAAUGGACAGAGGUCAGGGACCCCUUAAUGGAACUGAUCCGGGGCCUGGGGGGCAUCCAUAUUUAAUUGGUGGUUUCGCGCCCAUCCACAAAGAGCACCCUUGCACACCGUGUGAAGUAGUUGGAGAGAUACCCAUUGAACUAUGUGGUGGCCAAUAUAUCAGAAACGGCCCGAACCCUUUGCUGAAUGACGACCUGGGACGGGACGCUCAUUGGUUUGAUGGCGAUGGGAUGCUCUGCGCAGUAUAUUUCUCACCCAGCCAAGGUAACAUCACAACACAACGAUCUACCCCCUACUUCACGAAUCGUUUCAUCUACACUGAUGUUCUCUCUGUUACCCUGGAUUAUGCGAGUCUUCCACGUCUCUUCUCGACAAUGAGACAUCCUCUAGAAUUAGUUCGCCCCCUUGUCAUUUCCGUCGCGACGUUCUCAGAUCCAAAGCUCUCGCUGUGGAACAUCUUGAAAAUCCUUCUCGGUAUGGUGCGCAUCAUCUUUUACGUCCUCCUAAGCUGGUGCUCCCCAUCACGUCAACGUCGGCAUGACAAUGAUGUUCAUCCUGGUAGAAAGAGGAUUGGACUAAAGCAGAUUAGCACUGCGAAUACUAAUAUCGUUUGGCAUGAUGGCUAUGCUCUUGCCUUGUCGGAGACUGGCCCACCAAUGUGGGUUUCUCUUCCGGGUCUUGAGACAAUAGAUUGGAUCGAUUUCGCGUUGCCUCCCAGCCAAUCUCGCAACGUUCAAUCACCAUCCCGGAAGGAAGUCCAACAUCGGGCAUGGAGUUUCCUCCAACCUUUACGCACGUAUUUCCGCGAAUGGUUAGCAGCCCAUCCAAAAUUUGAUCCACUUACAGGGGAGGCCAUGGCAAUUCACAACUCGUUCGGAAAUGGUCAACCCUACAUCAAAUACACCGUCCUUCCACCCAGUAACUCCCGGGAGAUUCCUCUCAAAGCCCUGGAGCGAGAACAACUCCAGAAGUGCGAAGCUGUCAUCAGAGAUCCUGUGUGCCCGCCCUGGGGUAAUUCCUCAUCUCAGCCAAAAUUCGCGCACGACAUUGCAUGCUCGCAAACGCACACUGUCGUCAUUGAUCUGCCCUUGACGCUUAAUCCAUUUGCGAUGUUCCGCGGUCGGCCCAUGAUGGAGUACCUAGCCCACGAGAACAUGAGGUUCACUAUUUUCAAGCGUCAUCCUUCCGCCAGUGAUAUUAAGCCGGGCCACGCAAACGGGCACCCGUAUCACGGUGGUGAUGGGCUUGCACACGCUCACACCCGUGAGGCGAAGUCCGAGAGGCCGGAAUGCGGUCCAUAUUGGUUUGAGGAAAGCGAAAAAGGGCGCCUGAUGCUCCAUACAGCUAGCUGUUGGGAUGAGUAUGACAAUGGCCAUGAUGGAAGCCCCAACGAAGGGGAGAGAAGAGUUCAAGCGGUUCAUCUCAUUGGACUUCGCAUGCCAGAUGCUUACUUCAUCUAUGAAGCUGGAACUGUGCUUGACCGAGUUUCGGACUCCAAGGUGAUCUCAGGGGGCGAAUUAUGUUACUAUCGAUUUGAACUCCCUCUUACCAAUACUACGUUUGGCCCAUAUCACUGGCAGGGCACGACCGGGCAUAUCUCACAUUCGUUUGCACUGUCGAAUGUACAAUUUGACUUCCCGCGGAUCAAUCCAUUAUACGACUGCGGAAGGCGCCCCUCGUCAUCAAAUAUUGACCCCUCGAAGCCAUGGAUGGGAGGCGCUCGAUAUGUUUAUGGGUGUGGCUUCCUUCCCGAUGCGGCACAGGGUAGCGAUGGUUAUGAAAGGAAAAGCAACGCGAACUAUAUAGUGAAGAUGGACCUGCAUCGGCUUGUGGAGGAUGGUUUAAAGAGGGAACUCAAGGAUGGGGAUCUAGUGGACCAGAGGGGUCUGGAAGAAGUCAUAGCUGAUGGGUCUUUGGAGGAGGAUGGGGUGACACCAGGGGCGGGAGGUGUGAAGGAUGCAGUAAAAGUGUUCCGCAUGCCGAAAGGCUGGCGCUGCGGGGAGCCAACCUUCGUGCCUCGUACAAAAUCAUCCGGGGACGAAGUGGAGGAAGAUGAAGGAUGGCUCCUCACCUUCGUCUUUGAUGAAGGAAAGUAUUGGGAAAAAGGAAGCGUGAUGCCGUGUGCAGAUGCGAGGUCCGAACUUUGGAUAAUUGACGCUGAAGGAAUGAAGGAUAUUGUUGCGAGGAUUAUCCUGCCUACUAGAGUGCCAUACGGAUUUCAUGGAGAUUUCUUCACUGCAGAGCAGAUUGCGACACAACGCGAAAUCCCAGAAGGAAUGAAGCCUCGAGGAUGGGUGAAUCUCCUUUGAAGGAUAUUUCAGUCGAUGCGCCAGAAUGUUUCUUUGACACAGCAAGCUCAUUCUUUAGGAGCUGGCUGCUAAUACUUAAUGUUGGACGCUCCGCAAUCAACAUCUGGCCAGUCCCAGAUCCUUUUGAUGGUCUGCCCCUGAAUAGAGUUGCUGCUAGAAUACGAUUCAUAAGAGGAGUCGGGUCACACUAGCUGCCGUGUUGUUAGAG